GGGCACAUCUCGGUUCACGACCAUUUAAUGUCUCCACGCCCCUUCCUGGCACAGGUAUCGGGCGAAGACAGAACUGCGCUGCCCAGAUCGCCAGUCAUCCCACCAAGAUCGGCAAACCUUUUCACCCCUGUGGGAUAUGACACUGCAGUCAUAGGCGGAACGGUGGCCCUGGACUCGUUCAGGAGAGAUUUCGAUUUGCUCAGUACAUCGGGAGCAGAUCGCGAUACUCUUCAGGGUAAUAUCGUCUCCACGUUCCAAGCCGGCUGCUUCUUUGGGUCUCUCCUGACUUUUCCGCUGGCCGAGAAAAUCGGCCGCAGAAGAGCCAUAUUUGUUGCAGCCGCUGUCUUUAUUUUGAGAGGCACUUUGAUGACGGCCAGCCACGACAGUCUUCCCAUGCUCAUCGCGGGACGCGCAGUUGCCGGUCUGGGCAUAGGAGCGUCGUCGCUGAUUGUUCCUGUAUAUAUUGCUGAAACUUCGCUGCCGUCUAUUCGUGGCCGCCUGAUUGGUAUCUUUGAGAUUGCAUCGCAAGGCGGAGGUAUGUUGGGCUUGUUGAAACAAAAAGGGUUAGGACCUAGGAGCCUGUUGGGUCUUAUAUUUCAACAGGGCUUUUGGAUCAACUACGCAUGCGACCGAACCAUCUCCGACGAUCUUGCCGCUCAAUGGAUUGUGCCUUUGGGGCUCCAGCUUGUUCCAGGUGCCCUGCUGUGCGCUGGGAUGCUAAUAUGCCCAGAGUCGCCUCGAUGGCUCGCUCGCAGGGAUCGGUGGGAAGAGACGGAGAAGGUCCUGGUGCAUCUCAGGGCCUUGCCUGGCGACCAUCCCUACAUCCGCGACGAGCUGUCGGAUAUCCGUCAGCAGGCAGAUCAGCGUACCGCCAGCGAAAUGACCUUUGGGGACAUGUUCAAGAGACUCGUCCAGAGGGGUGUGCGAAAUCGCAUCCUGAUCGGCCUCUUGCUCAUGGCUUGCCAGAAUCUGACUGGUGUUAAUAUCAUUACAUACUAUUCUCCUCGCAUCUUCGAAACUCUGGGAAUCACAGGCACAAGCACCAAGCUGUUUGCGACAGGGUUAUACGGCAUCGCCAAGACCUUAGGCAUGGCUAUCUUUUCAAUCUGGCUGGUCGAGCGGGUAGGCUGA